AUGUCCAUCGCGUAUCUUGUCGAGCAUGCUUGGGGCCUUUCGAAUUCGUACUUGUGUCGCCUUCAACAAAAGCAGCAAAAGGCGAAAGAGGGUGCAGCCACAUGUGCAACUAUUUUUGAACCCAGCAGCACUGCUAAAACACCAAGCAAGGCGAGAUGCGUGAUUGAUGACUACGAGCUGGCAGAAAAGUUGUUCACAACUAGCUACCUUUAUGCUGUGAGUGAAUGCCGCAGACAGGGGCGAGCCAAUCUGGAUGCUGUUGACCAGAAAUUGUACCACCAGCGUUUCAAAGCUGCAAAAGAGAAGUUCAAAACUCUUGAUGAUGACACAAGGGUAGUCUGGGAAUUCCAAAGACGUGCUCACUUGUCGCGGCAUGCCACUAUCAAGGAUCAAAUCAUUUGUGCUAUUAAGACAAAUCCAAAGUGUUCGUGGCGAUCAAUUGAACAGGAAAUUGACCAUUGGUGUUGUGACGCAACCAUUCGUAGAUGGGUUAUUUCAAGGGAAGGAUACCGGACGUAUGCUGAAAGGAUCAUUCCUGCUUUGAGCCCCGAACAAAAAAGGAAACACUUGGAGUUUGCAAAACGGUUCCAAAACAACUGGGGGCUUGGAGGUGGCAAGUUUCUCCUUGUACAUUAUGACGAGAAAUGGUUUUGGGGGCUUGUCAUGAGGAGGGAUGCAAAGAUGUGCGAGGAGUUGGGAAUCGAUGCAGUCUCCUAUAAAGCAUAUCACCGAUCACAUGUUUCCAAGGUCAUGGGAAUUGCUGUGACUGCUUUUGCGUUCAAAGACUCUAUUGAAAACGGUGGAGACGGCCUCAAGAUUGGCUUCUAUCGUGCCCAAACAAACAAGGUUGCAAAGAAGCUAGUAAGGCAGGCAGUACGACAGGACGAUGGUUCUAUCAAGCGAACUGGAGCGGUGAUAAGAGAAAAAGGGGACUUGUACUUGGUGGAUUGUAAUGUCACUGGAUCGUCAGAAGGGACCCCUGAUGAUCCAAAGUUUGCAUUGAAGAAGUUGUUUGAGCAUCACAUCUUUCAAAAGUUGGAUGGUCUUGUGGCGGCAGGAGGACAAUACGAAGGAUACAUUCCUGUUAUUCAAGGUGACAAUGCAGGGCCGCAUGCUGAAAAAGAAUACUUUAAUUGGUGCAAGGCUCAAUGUGAACAACGUGGCUGGCACUGGGAACCGCAAGCUCCACAAAUGCCGCAUAUGAACAACUUAGACUUGUCAGUAUUCCCCUGCAUGUCGAGACGUCAUUGUGCAGCCGCAAGAGAGAGGGGAGGGCUCCAUGUUUUGAAACAGGACGAAAUUUGGGAUGCAGCAGAGGACGUUUGGAGCACACUUCCUAGCUCAAAGAUUGCAUCAGGUUUUGUACAAUGCAGCCGGAUAGCAUCAAAAGUAAUUGCAUUGGAAGGGGGCAACGAUUUUGUUGGAAACAAGAUAGAGAAUGGCAUUCAUUGUGAUAUCCGAAAAGAUUACAAUGAAACUCCCACUGGGCUUUCUAGGAAAGACGGAGAGAUGAUCAACCCUCCAGCACCGGCAACAGCAGUAUAG